AUGCCACCGCCCCCACCCCAAGUGACCCAGUGGCUCAGAGAGACCUACCCCCAGCCCACCGUUGAUCCGGAAUGGCUCGAAGCCUGCUACACCUGGAUCCUAUCCGAGCUCCACCUUGACCCCGCGCGCGACAUGCCCGCCAUCCUUGAUAACGUCAACUCACAGCUCCUCGGCUCCGACUUCGCAGACAGCAUGGUCGCCGGCACCGGUUUCCCGCAGAACGUCCUAGGCGCGGACCACGCUGUCCUCAGGGGUCCGAUCCUCGUCGAGGUUACGGAGAUCAUGGAGUUUGCGCAUAGCGCAUACAGCUUGCUGCAAGUGCACGAGUCGCGGCAAGAGUAUCGGAAACAGGCGGCGUUAAGGGACGCAAGCGGGGACGGGCGUGAGCAUGAGCGCGAGCGCAAGCCGAUGCCCAAGUACCCCAGGUCCACGUUACAGCUUCUGCUGAGCGACGGAGCGUCGGUCCUCCCUGCAAUCGAGGUCAAGAAUCUGCCACAAUUUGAGCUUGGAGAAACGCCUCUGGGGUACAAGGUGGGUGUGCUCGGUCACGCAGUUGGAGUGCCCUCGUCUUCCAUGCCCUACAUUGUGCGCGUUCUCUGA